AAGAGAUGAGGUUGGUUAAUGGUAGUUGGUGAUUUACUAAUAGAGCUAGAGAAGUCUCGUCAUGCUAUCAGACAAAACUAAAAAGAAAAAAGAAAAGAAAAAGCAAAAGAAUUUCUACUCUAUAUAUAAAUAGAUGCAGUCCUAUUUGAAUCUCAAUUCAAUAGUGUGAAGAAUCACAGCCAGAAAGUGUUAGUUUUUGGGUCCGUAGCUCUCGCCGGAUUUCAGAAAGAAGGUAAGACCUUCUCAAAAUCCAUAUUUCCACAAAUCCAGGAUUCCCAAUUCUAUAUAUCUCUCUCUCAAAUAUCUUUUUUAGAUAAGAUAAUACUCUGUCUCAAAUUUCAUCAUAAUCUCUAUAUAUAGAGCGAGAGUUCAUGACUAAUGAGUCAUAUUUUGUGUCGAAAAGGGAUUCUCUCACUCGUGGGUUUUCUUUAGUUUCCUCUUUUUCAUCAACUUCCUUAUCCUUUUGAGAGAAAAUUUAGUUAGCUAGCUGUUUUUCAAUGGUUAUUUUAGCUCCCGUGCUCAUGGACUACUUGAAAGAAGUGGAAGGCAAAAGGGUUCAUGACCAUUUCACCAAUAACAUGGCUAUAUCACGGAGCAGGUGUAUAUGGGUGCCUGGACCUGUCAUAGUUGGCGCUGGCCCUUCAGGUCUGGCCACAGCUGCCUGCCUUAAAGAAAGAGGCGUCCCAAGCUUGAUUCUUGAGAGGUCUAAUUGUAUAGCUUCCCUGUGGCAGCUCAAAACUUAUGAUCGUCUCCGCCUACAUCUUCCAAAGCAGUUCUGCGAGCUCCCUCUCAUGCCAUUCCCAUCAAAUUUCCCAACAUAUCCGACGAAACAACAGUUUCUGGCCUACUUGGAGGCUUACGCAAAGCAUUUUGGUCUAGCACCAGUCUUUAAUAACACAGUGGUGAGUGCAGAAUUUGAUCCACGAUGUGGGUUCUGGCGGAUCAAGACCUUGGGGCUGAAGCAGGAGGAGACGGAGUAUGUAUGCCAAUGGCUAAUUGUUGCCACCGGCGAAAAUGCUGAGGAGGUUGUGCCAGAUAUUGAAGGAAUGAAUCAAUUUGAGGGUCCGAUUCUUCACACAAGUUCAUACAAGACCGGGGAGUUGUUUCGUGGGAAGAGCGUUUUGGUGGUUGGAUGUGGGAAUUCAGGCAUGGAGGUUUGCUUGGAUCUUUGCAACUAUAAUGCUCGCCCAUCCAUGGUCGUUAGAGACUCGGUGCACGUCCUGCCUCAAGAGAUGCUUGGAAGAUCAACUUUUGGAUUGUCCAUGUGGCUGCUCAAGUGGUUUCCCAUGCGCCUUGUCGAUCAAAUUUUAUUGCUUGUGUCUCGUUUCACGCUUGGUGAUACUUCUCAGUUCGGCCUCAAUCGUCCUAAACUUGGUCCUAUCCAGCUCAAAAAUGUCACCGGAAAAACACCAGUCUUGGAUGUCGGAACUCUUGCUAAGAUCAGAAGCGGGGAUAUUAAGGUUUGUCGGGGAAUACAUAGACUAAUGCAUCACUGUGUGGAGUUUGUUGAUGGAAGCAUAGGAAAUUUCGACGCCAUAAUCCUUGCCACAGGUUACAAAAGCAACGUACCAUCCUGGUUGAAGGGAAACGAAAUGUUUUCAGAGAAAGAGGGACUGCCCCACAAGCCAUUCCCAAAUGGAUGGAAAGGUGAAAAUGGGUUGUAUGCAGUAGGCUUUACAAAGCGUGGCCUGCUCGGUGCGUCUAUUGAUGCAAGAAGAAUUGCACAAGACAUGGAGCUUCGCUGGAAAGCCGAGGCCACAGGUUUCAUGGCCUUUGCUCGUGCAUCACCACAACAAUCAUGAGUCCAAAAUGAUUACAUCGAAGAAAGAAAGAAAGAAAGAAAUCUAAUGAAACUUUCAUGAUUUCGUGAACUUCUAAUGAAGUUUCUCCUCUCAUUUCAGCAAGUACUGAAGCAGGAAAUAUAGAAAGGCAAGGACAUAUUAUAAUUAGGGUAAAAAGCUGAGGGUGAUAGUGUCUGUUUCUUGGAAAAAGAAGAAGAAGAUUCUCAAUGUGUAUAGCUUGUGCGUCUUUCUAGUUUUCUAUUAUUAGCUUGGUAAAAAUUUUAAGUAAAAGGGUGAAGUAGUUUGAUUUUGCAAUUUCAUAA